AUGAACCCUUUCGGCCCAUUCAACGCCGCUGCCCUGUUCAACCUUAAGGGAUGGGUGGCCGUCGUGACUGAUGGUGGUACUGGUAUCGGUCUAAUGGCUACAAAAGCUCUAGCAGCCAAUGGAGCGAAAGUCUACAUCACUGGUCGUCGAUUUAACGUUCUGGAGACUACAAUCAAGGAAGUUUCCACACCAGACUUGUUGGGAGAUGCGGGAGGAUCGAUCGUACCACUUCAGAUGGACGUGACGGACAAGGUUUCUAUAACUAAGGUAGUAGAAGAGAUUGGCGAGAAGGAGAAAUGGGUCAAUCUACUUAUUAACAACGCCGGAAUCUCUUUAUCAAAAGCAGACGUGAGCUCAGCAGCCAAAGGUCCAGAGGCAUUCCGGGAUGGGUUGUUCAAUGACGAUCCUGCUCAAUGGGCGCAGACUUUUGAAACCAAUGUAACUGCCAACUUUUUCGUAGCAUCUGCUUUCAUCCCAUUGCUAGUCAAAGCCAAAGAACCCCCGUCGCAACGUGCUGAAAAUAUCAUCAACGUAUCUUCUCUAUCAGGACUACCCCGUUGUUCUCAGAAUGGUCAGUUUUCCUACAACGCUUCAAAAUCCGCAAACGCUCAUCUUUCACGUAUGAUGGCACACGAAUUCUCACACCCCAACAUCAUGGUCAGAGUCAAUACCAUAUCCCCCGGAUACUUUCCUUCUCAAAUGUGUGGCGACCCAACUUGUCAUCUAAUAGGACAAGGUUUUCGAGCGGAAUCAUCGGUCCCGGCGGACCGAUAUGGUUGGGAGACUGAGAUGGCCAAGGCUGUUUUGGCUUUGGCGACUAAUGAGUAUAUGUGGGGAUCAGAAAUGUUGGUUGAUGGUGGACUACUCAGUGCACUUCCGAGAGCAUCAUAUGUACAUAAUUGA